GGAGAGAGAGAGAGGUGUUGGUUGAACAUGUGGAAGGUUGGUGGCGCUUGAAUCAGAACGUUGCGAUUGAGAGAGAGAAUGGCGAUGGUCCGAAGAGUCCCUCAAUUUGUUGUUGGAUUGGGCAAUAGGAACAGGUACUUUUCCUUCAAAUCUUUGGAUCCUCCAUCCUCCCUCACCCACGGAAUCCACGUCUUUCAUUGCCCCGAUGCAGUAGGAAUUGUAGCUAAGCUAUCCGACUGUAUUGCCUCUAGAGGUGGUAACAUUCUUGCUGCUGAUGUUUUCGUACCUGAAAAUAAGCAAGUCUUCUACUCUAGAAGUGAUUUUGUUUUUGAUCCUGUUAAAUGGCCACGGGUGCAAAUGGAGGAGGACUUUUUAAAGCUUUCACAAACAUUCAAUGCAACAAGAUCUGUUGUAAGAGUGCCAGCUCUCGAUCCUAAAUAUAAGAUAGCUGUUCUGGCUUCAAAGCAGGAUCACUGCCUGGUUGAUUUAUUACAUGGAUGGCAGGAUGGAAGACUUCCGGUGGAUAUCACUUGUGUAAUUAGUAACCAUCAUAGAGGUUCCAACACCCAUGUGGUUCGUUUUCUUGAAAGGCAUGGUAUUCCUUAUCAUUAUUUAUGCACAACUAAAGAAAAUAAAAGUGAAGGGGAGAUAUUGCAGCUGGUUCAGAAUACUGAUUUUUUAGUACUUGCGAGGUAUAUGCAGAUAUUGUCCGGAAACUUUUUAAGGAGCUAUGGGAACGAUAUAAUUAACAUUCACCAUGGCUUGUUGCCAUCAUUCAAAGGUGGUAAUCCAUCUAAACAGGCCUUUGAGGCAGGUGUUAAAUUAAUUGGUGCAACAAGUCACUUUGUGACAGAAGAGCUUGAUGCAGGACCUAUAAUAGAACAAAUGGUUGAGAGAGUCUCCCACAGAGAUAACUUGCAGAGCUUUGUGCAGAAAUCAGAAAACCUUGAGAAACAAUGCCUUUCCAAGGCUAUUAGAUCUUAUUGUGAACUUCGAGUGUUACCUUAUGAAGAAAAGAAGACUGUUGUAUUUUGAGGGACAGCUAAUAAAAGAUAGUGAACCAAAAUAGGGUGCAUCUGUAUUUGUAUUCAAUCAUUUACUGGGAAAAUUCAAAUAAUAUCACGCUUCAGUUGC